AUGAAGUUCCUCUCCGUUGUCGCGGGCUUCAGCGCCCUGGCUGCCGCUGCCCCUGCCGAGCUCGACACCCGCGCCUCGUGCACCUUCACCGACGCCAAGACGGCCAUGUCCAAGAAGACCUCCUGCACCGAUAUCGUCCUCAACAACCUCAAGGUCCCCGCCGGCCAGACCCUCGACCUCACUGGCCUCAAGGCCGGUACCAAGAUCACCUUCCAGGGCACCACCACCUUCGGCUACAAGGAGUGGGAGGGCCCCCUCAUCGCCAUCGGCGGUAGCAAGGUCAGCGUCGUCGGUGCUUCCGGCAACUCCAUCUCCUGCCAGGGCGAGCGCUGGUGGGACGGCAAGGGAGGCAACGGCGGCAAGAAGAAGCCCAAGUUCUUCAAGGUCAAGAUCAACGACGGCUCCAUCUCCGGCCUCAACAUCAAGAACACCCCGGCCCACGGAUUCUCCAUCAACGGCGUUUCCGGCCUCAAGAUCUCCAACAUCCUGUUCGACAACAAGGAUGGCGACUCCAAGGGCGGCCACAACACCGACGCCUUCGACGUCGGUCAGGCUUCGGACGUGACCAUCUCCGGCGCCAAGGUCUACAACCAGGACGACUGCUUGGCUAUCAACUCUGGUACCAACAUCGUGUUCGAGAACGGAUACUGCUACGGCUCCCACGGCCUGUCCAUCGGCUCCGUUGGUGGUCGCGCCGACAACACUGUCCAGAACGUCGUUAUCCGUGACUCCACCAUCGAGAAGGCCGAUAACGGUGUCCGCAUCAAGACCAUUGCUAACAAGACUGGCAAGGUCAGCGGUGUCACCUUUGAGAACAUCACCCUCAAGAACAUCAACAAGAACGGCAUCGUCAUCCAGCAGGACUAUGAGAACGGCAGCCCUACCGGCAAGCCCACCGCCGGCGUCCCCAUCACCGGCGUCACCGUCACCAACGUCAAGGGUACCGUCGCCUCCAAGGGCAACAAUGUGUACGUCCUUUGCGCCAAGGGUGCCUGCUCCAACUGGAAGUGGUCUGGUGUCUCCAUUACCGGCGGCAAGACCGCUUCCGGUUGCGCUGGCAUUCCCGCCGGCUCCGGCGCCAAGUGCUAA